AUGGCAAGUUUUGUUCAACGUUGUUUUACGCACAAUGAUAAUACUCAGAAUGAUUCAAAUGUUAUUCCAUAUCCAUUUACAAUCUAUCCAUCAUCAUUUCCACGUAAUGAAUAUGAAAAAGCAUGUAAAAUUCAAUAUGGAAUUCAUAUACUUGUUCAAUAUCUUGCAUAUGAUAUUGAUUUAAUGGAUUCUAUUUUGAAAAAUUUGAUUGAAUGUGAUCCAUUUAUAAGACGAUUAAGAAAUAUCUAUAAUCAAAUUCAACAAUUACCAUAUAAAAGUAUUGCUGAAACAUGUAUUAUUCGAACAGAUUAUAUGUUACAACAAAUGAAUAUUUUUAGAGAAAGAACAAAACUUCGUCUUGUUGAAAUUAAUACUAUUGCUGUUGGUCUUGGUGCAGCAGCUAAACUUAUACAUAAAUGGCACAAACGAUUUUUAAAACGAAUACAUCCUGAACUUUUAUCACAAUUGCCGAAAAAUGAAUCAUAUGAUCUUAUUAUUGAUACUUUAUUUAAAUCAUGGAAAAUUUAUAAUAAUUCAAAAGCUAUAAUUCUCUUUAUAGUACCUGAACAUGAAUUUAAUAUUGGUGAUCAAAUGUUAAUUGAAAAAGGACUUUUAUCAUAUGGAAAUUCUUCUCUUCUUAUCAAACAUGUAACAUUCAUCGAUAUUUGUCAAUAUUGUUCUCUUGAUUCCAAAGGUAUUCUUUACUUUAAUGAUUUCGAAGUUGCACUUAUCUACUAUCGAUCAGCAUACGAUCCGAAACAUUUUUAUAAUGAAGAUAUUUGGCAAGCUUAUAUUAUGUUAGAAUCUUCUCGAGCUAUAAAAUGUCCUAGUUUAAGAUAUCAUUUAGCUGGAAUGAAAUGUUUUCAAUUGGCAUUAGCUGAAAAAAAUUUUUUAGAAAAAAUUUUUCAAAAACAUGAACAAUAUAUUGAUGAUAUUCGAGAUAUUUUAGAAGAAAUGUUUACUAUUGAUCAGACGAUCAAUGAUUCGAUUUUACAACAACGAAUAUUAGAUAAACCGGAAUCAUUCUAUUUGAAACAAAGUCGAGAAGGAGGUGGAAAUGUGUAUUGUGGUUCUUCACUUAGAGAACAUAUUGAUAAAAUUAUUGCCAAUAAAGAAUCAAAUCGUUAUUUUCUUAUGUCUCGUAUAUAUCCUCCAAUAAAUUCAAGUUUAAUACGUUCAUCAAGACCUAAUGAUAAGAAUGAAUUUAUUUUUGAGAAACAAAUCAAUGGUGAAUUAGGUAUAUUUGGUAGUUUAAUUAGUCAAAAUGAAAUAGUAAUUUAUGAACGAGUUGGUGGUUCUUUAUUACGAAGUAAACCAAUAAUAAAUAUUGAAGGUGGUAUUGCAUCUGGACAAGGAUUUAUUGAUUCAGUAUUGCUUGUUUAA